ACGGCCUUUCAUUUUCCAGGCUCUGACCGGCUCCUCCCUCUCCACUCAAAUAUCCAUUCCUUGACCCAAUCGGUAGACUCCAUCGCAUUGCUCCCCUCACGCCACCUUCUGUCGCUUCUCAUCGCCCAAGAUGGGCCUCUCUAGAGAGUCGCGUAUCAUUACGCUCUUGGUCAUUGACUCGGCAUUCUUCUUUCUCGAGAUUAUUGUUGGAUAUGCCGUCGGUUCUCUUGCUCUUGUCGCUGACUCAUUCCACAUGCUAAACGAUGUCAUGUCGCUCGUCGUCGCCUUGUAUGCUCUCAAGCUGAGCAAGAAGCAGACGGACAAUGAUCCCAGGUAUUCCUAUGGGUGGCAACGUGCUGAGAUCUUGGGAGCCCUUGUGAAUGGUGUCUUCCUCCUCGCGCUGUGCUUCAGCAUCUUCAUGGAGGCCAUUGAGCGCUUCGUCAAUGUCACCGAGGUUCGCAAUCCCAAGCUCGUCGUGGUAGUGGGCUCUUUGGGACUCGCCUCCAACAUCGUCGGCCUCUUCCUCUUCCACGAGCACGGACAUUCUCACGGAGGCCACUCGCACUCUCAUGGAGGCCACUCACAUGGCGAGGUGGAAUCGCACGACCAUUCUCACUCUCACGAGGCGGAGGGCUCGCACGCUACCUCCGCACAGCAGAUCCCUGCCAACGGCACCAGGAAGGCUUCUAUAGAUGGACAUGGUCACUCUGGCCCUUCUGGCAGUCAUACUUCUGGUCAUGGCCACGCACACAAGGACAGUGUCACGAGCCUGUACGGUCACCCUGCGCAGACGCGGGCCCACGUUGUUCAAACUGCUCAGGACAUGGGAUAUGACCGCCAAGGUAGGGUAGCCAUUCACGGUGGUGAGCGCGAUCGCCUCGUCAGCCGCGACGAGAGCUCGAGCUCGAGUCUUGGCGGCUACGGCAGCACUAGCAACCGAGACGUUGAAUCUGGUGUGAAGAAGACUAGGAAUGGUCUACUGGGCUCUAAAGCUCCAUCAAGACAGGAGGAGGAGGACGACGAGACUGACGACGAUCUGCCAAGCGCCGCCACUGCCGUUGCACAUAAACUUCCUGGGGCAAACAGGCAAAAGUCCCAGAACGGUGGGCAUGGACACUCCCACGGCGGUGGUCACGAUGGCGAGAUGAACAUGCGAGGAGUCUUCCUACACGUUCUUGGAGAUGCACUGGGCAACGUAGGAGUCAUUGCCUCCGGUCUCUUCAUUCUCCUCACCUCGUACUCUUGGCGCUUCUACACGGACCCGCUCAUCUCGUUUGCCAUUACCGUCAUCAUCUUCACAUCUGCUUUGCCCCUCGUCAAGUCGGCUUCCUUCAUCUUGCUACAAGGAGUCCCAACCACGGUGCCCCUUGAGAUUGUGCGCGACAACAUGCUCGCAGUGGAGGGUGUCUUGAACGUACACGAGCUUCAUAUCUGGCAAUUGAGUGAGAGCAAGAUCGUUGCCUCGGUACAUGUCCUCGUAGACUGCUCCGACGGCCAAGAGGACCGGUAUAUGCUCAUUGCCAACCAGGUGCGGCAGUGUCUGCAUGCCUGGGGCAUCCACUCGUCUACCAUUCAGCCCGAGUUUGUCAAGGGAGGCAUCAAGGAGGCCGCUCGCAUCUCUGGCGUGGAAGUUGCUGACCGUCAAACGGAUGCUCAGGGAAGGUUGAUCACCAAGGAUGGGACGCUGGUAGAGGACGAACUUUCUAGGGGCCCCUCGACGUGCCUGCUGGCAUGCGAGGACGAGGAGUGUGCUAUCGCGGCUUGCUGCCCACCUUCGCAGACUACCUCUGCUGUCAAGCAGACACAACCGACAGGAGGUGAUGAUCAUCGUCACGAUCAUGCUCAUGACUAUGAUCAUGACCACUAAGGAGAUUUAGAAAGUAAUCUUCUCAUUGGCGUCAUUGGCGCUGGUGAGGCAACAUUGCGCCAUCAACUCCCGUAAUCUACUCUGCUUUUGGAACCUCACAUUGUACAAUUCUGCGCUCUUGCUGUUUGCUGCUUCCUGUUGUGCUACACUAUCACACAUGCCGACUUCU